AUGAUCAACCCUACCUACCUUGCUCAAAGGACGCGCUCGUCCGUCAACUGGAACGAUGCCCAGAAGAGAGUCCUCAAGUCCUACCGCGAGUGGAUCCGCGCCGCUCCCGAGAUCCAACAGAUGUACUCGCUCAACAUGCCCGUCUCGGCCAUCCGCACAAAGAUGAGACAGGAGUUCGAGAGACACCGUUACGUCCAGCAAUUGAAGACUGUCGAUGUCCUCCUCUUCAACUCCCACCAGGAAUACCAGGAAACCCUCAACUUCUGGAAGCAACUCACCCACGUCCUCAAGUACUUCCGCGCCGAGGAGGACCCCAAGGCCGCAUUGCCCAAGAACUUCAUCCAAGGUUUCCUCGAGGUACGAUCC